AUGAUACCUGAGUUCCCUCAGUUAUCUCGUGUAUCCCGAAGCCAGCGAAACACCUGCAUUGAUACAUGCAAAAAUGUCCUUCGGCAACACAUCGGAUCCUUUUUCCAUCGGGCGUCUAGAGCUAGACAAGGCUAUACAGAAUGCCCGCGACUGGUACCACCAACUCCUGGAUUUGGAAACAAAGCCUUCAAGCUUGAUCCAGAAACGAGACAUCACAUGGACGAAGAACCGCUUGCAAAACAUAUUGCGCACUGUCGAGUGGGACCUCGAAGACCUCGAGACAUCAUACGAAAUGAGCAAGAGGAAUGCUAAGAUGCUGCAUCUGGACGAAAAGACGCUGCAGAACCGAAAGCAAUACGUCGACGAGAUCAAGGCCGAAAUCGCCUCCAUGAAGGACAGGUUCAAUCUACCCAAACGCUCCGACAACUCCAUUCGGCUGCCCCUUCUCAGCAGCGGACUCAGAGACAAUGUGGGAAUGUAUCAGAGCAAGGAGAAUCAUGUACCAAUGGACCAUGAUGAGGUUGACUUAUGGACUGCCCCAAACUCUAGCCAAACUUCUCCUGACUCACCUAGCUCAUUUUUGUCAGCGGAACCGCCAGGAUACAAUGUCGAGGCUGAUAAGGUUUUGGAGCUUAUCUCUCAAGUGAUUCAGCAUCGCAUGCAUGCCAUGAAUGACCUCACCGAUCGUUGCGCAGUGGGACUAAAGCGAUCAAGAGAGGAUGUCUGUCAGCAACACGCUCGAUCCUUUCCCCCUGGGGCGCGGGGAAUCUCACUUUUCUUUAGGGAGUUGGAUAAGGCACUGCAUAAUGCCCGGGACAUGUACCACAAACUCCUGGACUUGGAGACAAAACCUUCAAAUUUGGUUAAAAAAGGAGAGAUGUCAUGGGCGAAAAAUGGCUUUGAAAAAAUUAUCCGCGCCGUCGAGUGGGACGUCGAAGACCUGGAAGACUCAUACGAAAUGGGCAAAAGGAAUGCAAAGUCUUUGAAACUUGACGAGAAGGUGCUGCAGGAGAGGAAGCGAUACAUCGACGAGGUCAGGGCGGAAGUCGUCUCCAUGAAGAUCAGGUUCAGCAUGCCCGAACGCCCCGAAAACCCUCAAAUAGAG